AAUUGUUGGCCCUUCCGGUUGGAUAAAGGCACCUCAGCAGAAAACAAACAAAAGAUUCCUUGUCAACACUCUCAGGCAUGCAGUGACCUCUAACAAAUACCACACUUCACGGAACAGUAGCAGAACUUCACACAACAAAUCUCCAAAAUAUGAAAGAAAACCAGAACUCCCUAUCAAAAAAGACAGAACUAAAAGAAAAUAAUAUAAUGGAAGAAUAUGAUGUUGAAAGUAAAAUUAAAAUAAUAUUAGAUUGUAACAAAACAUGGACAAUCAAAGAAAAAAUGCCAUUACUGUUAGAAGAAAUAGAGAAGUUAAAAAAUGACAUGAAAAUAUUCCUGAGUAACACAGAUUUUGAAAUCCCAGCUAUACUUGAUGAGGCUGCAAGCUUACGUGAAGAGAGCCAGGAGCUCAUUGAGGAAAUGAAGGCAUGCCAGUCAGAAAUAGAAAAUGAGACAAUGGCAGAAAUACUAGAAACCAUUGAAAAUCAUGAUAAAAUUGCCAAAGAAUUAGAAACUGUCAAAUUCUCUUGGCUCAUAGUCUAUUCAGUGAUCCAAUGUGGAAAUUAUAUUAAAAUUUAUGAAGAAGGCAAGGAGGCAAAGAGUUACUCGCAGUCAGUGGAUGCUCUUUGUGAACUGUUAUGCCAUUUAAAUCAGCCAGUGGAAGGUUUCGAAAAAUUAGACUUAUACACUCAAACAAAAAGCAAUUAUCAGUUGAUUUUUGAUAAACUAUGUCAAGAUUUAUACGAUGAAUGGGAUAAAAUGAUCUCUCACACAACUAAAUCAGAUAGCCGCAAGACAAUUAUUAUUUUAAAUUUAUCAUUACAAAAUACAAGGCAUUACUUUGAUAUUUUAAACGCUUUAUACAAAAGCCAAAAGCUAUCUGACAAAUGUGCAGAAUUUGCAGUUUUCAUUUUGAAGGAGGUUAUUUUACCUGUAAUUAAAAAUGAAUCUUCAGUUGAGUGUGAGUCUGCUGAAGUGAUGACUGUAUCGAUAAACCACAACAAACCAUGUUCUAGGCCCAAUUUUAGAGAAACAAUUUCCAAGAUGAAGACACUGUUGAGUUUUAUCAACACUAAGUUUGGAGUACAAUUCACAAAUGGCAGGACUUUAAUGGGCAUGUUUGGCAAACUGAUCAAUAUUGAUUUUUGUAACUUCAUGGUUAACGAAUGUUUCAUACGUACAAUACCCAAUAAUCUUAGCGACUUGCAAUCUUAUUAUCUAGUAACUGCAGAAAUACAAGAGUUUCAGCGAUUUAUAAAACAACUAGGCUUGUAUACAGAGGGUGAAACAUUGCCCCUACUUAGUUAUAUGGAGAAUAUAGAUGUACUAUUUGCUAACAGUUCGAGUCAGUAUUUCCUAGACACAGCUCGGACUAUAAUGCUUAAGGAUUUAAAUGUUACGAUGUCAAUAGGCCUCGAGAAAAUACCAGAAGAACCACAAGAAGCAAAACCUGCUGGUGUAGCAUAUGUUUAUAUGGAAGAAGCACUGGAUUUAUUUGAAAAGACAAUACCAAAUAGUUUAUAUUAUUUUCCUCGGUGUCUAAUAUCUUGCACAGCGCAAGAGCUCUUGGAUUUAGUUUAUGUGAUGAUGGAGCAAGCAGUGCAAUGCUCGGAGGUGGUGAGCAAGAAACUGUACCAUACAGCGAGACUUACUUUUGAACUAUAUGAUGCAGUCGUACCAUACCAUAAUGAGAAUUAUUUGCUGACAAUCCCUCACUUUGUUGCUCUAUUUCAUAACAACUGCAUGUAUUUGGCGCACAAUCUGCAAACGUUGGGCGACAAAUGGCUCAAUCUGAUGGAAGGCCGCAUGUUGGAUUACGCCAUCGGCUUCUUGGACCUAGUGCAGAAGAUCAGGGAGCUGGGCUAUCGGCACCUCGCUAUACAUAUGCAGCAGCAGAGAAAACAAAUACUUGACAAUAUACGCUCUUCUGAUUUAAACUGCAUUGUGGUCAAAGACGUGCUGGAUGAGAAUGCUGAAGCGGCGGUGAGGCAAUGUUUGCGGCAGCUAUUAGCGUUGAAGAAUGUGUGGAUUGGUGUCUUUCCUUCUAAUGUCUUUACUAAGCUAAUAGCAACACUAGUCAAUAUGUUUGUGGAUGAACUCAUACACAGAGUGUGCACAGUAGAAGACAUAUCCAUGGAGAUGGCAACUCAGCUCACUGAAAUGUACACACUUGUUGUUCAGAAAGCACCACAGCUAUUUAUUACACCAACAGACGUGGAUAAGUACGUGAAGUCAUGGAUAAAACUGCAAGAGUUGAUCUUCGUUCUCAGCGGCUCCUUGAAGGACAUUGAGAACCACUGGAACGAGGGCACGGGUCCUCUCGCCGUUCACUUCAAGGUCGACGAGCUCCGAAGCCUCAUCAAAGCACUGUUCCAAAACACGCAGUUUCGCGCCAGCUUACUUUCAAAGAUAAAAUAAAAAUAAGUCAGUGUUAUGUGUAGUCUGUGUAAUAUUAAUAGGUAAUCAAAUAUAUUACCGAAUUUAUGUGUUUAAUGGU